CCGAGUGCGUUUCCCGCAGCAGCGCACGCGCACAGGGAAGGGAUGCCGGACGGCGCAGCCCCCGCGGUCCCUGGUCUCAUCCGGCUGCAGCCGAGCUCCGUGCAAGCCGCGGCGCAGACGCUGCUGCACCUGCUGCCGUGCGAAAUCCAGCACAACGGGCCCGCCGCCGUCAGUCGCUUUUUCAGCCCGGCCAUUCGGCCGGGGCCCUCAGGGCCAGUGGUGUCCUUCAGGGGCCGCAGCCUGCAUGGAGAAGAGGUGACACUGCCCUCCGGCUACAUGGGGCUGGUGCUUCGGGAAGAAGACAAGUCAGAGGGGCCAGAGGAUCGGACCGUCCAGGCCAUCGGUACCUUCAGCAGCUUUACCCUUUGGGGCCUGGAGAAUCUCCCAGGGCCAGAUGCCAGGAUGCACGGAGCCCUGAACUGGCCCAGCCUGGCCACUGCUAUCCAUGCACCUGUGGCUGAGGAUGACUGAAGAAAGAGCUGGAGCCCGAACUUGGUGUCCAUCUACACCCCACCCCCCAAUAAAAUUCAGUUUGGAAAUUG